GAUGAUUGUUCACUUGUGGAAGGUGGAGAUGAGCCUCUUCGGCGUAGUUCUUCCUCUGCUCCUACUUGUUUGUAGUGCAGCACCAACGGUGCACGCUUCCAACAGCAAUAUGAACAUCCCAUCCGCUGCCACGCUCACCGGUUGCCAAAGAAGAUGCGGGAAUCUCACCUUCGACUAUCCCUUUGGCAUCGGCUCGGCCCGUUGCUUCCGGCAGCCCGACUUCAAGCUCAUCUGCAACAACGCCACGCAAACCCCAAGGCUCUUCCUCCAGGACGGCGCCACGGAGGUCAUUAACGACAUCGACAUUGAUUCUGAUUUCACAGAUUUAAGAGUCGCAUUUUCACGUUAUAUCGUCAUGAGCUCUGGCGUCAAUGUCUAUAACAUGACAUGGAAAGCUCCCGGGAGAUCUUUAUAUUUGUGGUUUGCCGAAUUAAACAUCACAGCCUGUGACCUGGAUGUAUUCCAGUUGCUCGAUGGAACUGACACAAAUGCCGCCCAAGACUCGGAUUCAAAUUCGAUGGUGCUGCUUUGUACAGUGACCUGCCCUAACAUGGAAAUAGCGGAGACCUCUGUUCCUAGGCAGGACUGCAAUGGUACCGGAUGUUGCUCCAGCUCGCACCUUAUUAUUCCUGCUCGCACCUUGCAGCUUCGGUUUGUCCGCCAUGGCGGGGCGGAGCUGGACCGUAACCGAAGCUCACUCUGGGACGGAAUCAAUAUAACUACUAAUUAUGCCAUGAUUACUUGGAGUAUCAUGGAUCAUGCAACAGGCGCCACCACCCUGGUUAACACGACCAACAACGCCUGUGUCAGCAAUCACAGCAAGCCGAUCCAAAAUACUUUUGCAUUUGGUCGCUGUUAUAAUUGCAUUUGCGAUAAUGGGUAUAAAGGCAAUCCCUACAUAAUCGAUGGAUGCUUGCGUGAUGGAGGUAAUUUACCUGCUCCAUCCCCGCAUAGCUCUGUUUUCUUUUUUCUGUUUUAG